AUCAGACACUUGCGCCUCACCGCCUUCCUAACCACAGUCUCAACUUCACUGGACACUCACGUUACUCCCGUGCUGGACUUGUACUCGCCUCGCGUCACCCAGCGGCCGUGUGGUCUCCUUAAGCGAUUGUUUUUGGACAGUCUUGUGAGUGAUUACCAGGCGCCACAAUGCACGCCCAGCGGUGCCCCGUGGCCAAGCUGAGAGCCGCCAGCCAGCAGCAGCAGAACCAAGCCGCGGGCAGAGGAGCCAACUCCCGUGUAUCAGCUGCAGCAGAAGCAAAAAAGAAGCAGGACAAGAACCGCCGAGGUCUUGCAGCCAAGACACCAGAAAGACCGUCAUUCUUCCAGAAUGUACAUGGUGAAUCUGCUCCCCUCCUACCGCCACACCCUCAAAUGUACAGCGAUGAGACGUGGGCACUCACGCACGCCAGGCCGCCUCCCCACCCUGACUAUCGCAAGGAGGCACCGAGGCCUAAGCCGCUCACCCGUCUCAUGCACUGCAAAGACUCCACACACACAAAGGCGCAGUCACCCACCCUUCGCUUGCACUAUAAGGAAACUGCCCUCGCCAAGUCACUCGCACACCCUGCGUAUCUCAAAGAAGAUACCCACGAUACAAAGAGGAAGGACACGGUGGAUCGGUCUUUGAUCAUUAAUGAAAACUGUGCAGUGCACGGCCACAACACGCCCCUCCGUUACUCCUUGCCGAAAAGCCUCAGUUGUCCGUCCUCCCGCCAGACUGCCGACGUGGAGAGACUCAAGAACUGGCGCCGCAAUUCUCUCACCUUGACGCCCUCCUCCCCCAAUCCGUUUGCCUCAGCAGCGAGGCAUCACUCCUCCACCACGGCCACCACCGCCACUCCUGGUGCGAAGGAGCAACGGCGUCGCCCUCUGUCUCAGGGUCACGAACUUCCCUCUCUGCCUCACGGGCAAAGGAUGGUGGUGAGGCAGCACGUAUCCUCCUCGCGUGCCCUUAGUCCUCCCUCCACUACCACUUCUCGCUCCAACUCCCAGCCUAAGAACACCACACAGAGUGAAGACACGCACGGCCGUCGGUCACAGUUCCGUCGGGCGUGGUCGCUGUUCGCUAUGGGCUGCGAUGAGAACCAGAAGAAAACACAGCCCCAGAGCAUCCUCAGGCAACCCACGCGGCACGUAUACCGCCGCGGGAUCUCAGGCCUCCCUGUGGAGUGCACCAGCAUGGAUGUAGGUGUUGUCUUUUGACAUAAUGGGAGACACUCCCAGUGGCCGGCGAGGGAUGGAGGGUGAGUGGCGGGUGAGCUGCCGCCUCUCUAAGUACAAAAUAAAGUCCAGGUGACGGUCCCCAACUGAUCAGUUCGCAAACGAUGCACUCCAAUCAGAGGGACACAGAGAUCAAACUUCUCUUAUUACAUCUCUUGAACACUGACAGGUGAAUGCUGCCUCACGAGUCUAUCCUGAGACAAUAAAGACGAUCAGAGAUGAAAGAAGAGACAGUAAGGAAGGUGAAGAGAAUUUCACGCUUCUCCAAUUACCCUGUGUCAGCUUAGAUUCUUCGGGGACGGCUGCCUUAUACCGGUGAUAUACCGGUAGUGUUUUUUGUACCAGGAAACGCUGCCAGCUGCCUCGCCUCACCCUGCGAGGCAGCGUAUGAUUAAAGUGCCAAGCCUCAAUAUUCCAUUCCAGUGUAUUCUUUAAUAUAUAAAACGUGCACACAAGCAAAGUUACAGUUAAAUAAAUGCAUAAAAUAAAAUCAAUUUUGUGUAAUAUCACAUUACAGUGUAGCAAAGAUAUAUAAUAAUAAUUAUAAAUAAAAGUUAUGAAAGCG